GUUGGUCAUUUCUGUCAUUCAUUCAGAAUUUAAUCUUUGUCUUACCACUUGUGUGAUUUUAGGCAAGAUGUAUAGUCACUCUGAACUUCCCUCUCCUCAUCUAUAUAAUAUAAUAGACUAGAUGACCUCUGAACUCUGUUCCAGCUCUAAAUCUCUAACGCUGGAUAUGUCUAGGUUUAGUGUUCUAUGUGUCUGUUGUGCAUAACCAACCAGGAAUUUCUCUCUUUGUGGGGGGCAGGCAUAGCUGUGCCUAAAAAAACAGUGUGCUUAAAAAAAACCCAAAACAGUGUGCUUGUAGGCUUGGGACUGAUCACCAAGUGUAUUUAUUUUAUCUCUUUUCUGGGUCUGUGUGUACCCAUGUGUGUACAGACACUUGUUUUUGUUUAUACACACAUAUAUAUGUACAGCUCUGCAUUUGUAUAUGAUCCUAGCUGUCUAUAAGAUUGUAUCUAUAUUAUAUGAGAUAGGGAAUGAGAUAUGGGCUGGACCUGUGAUUUUCACCAGAAGAGGGAAUAUAAAGAAAAUUCCCUUUAUCAAUGAAAAUGGGUACCUUCUCUGCAACUUACAGCCAUAGAGUUAACAAGAGCUGUGGUGUCAAAUUCAAAUAGAAAAGGGAAAUUGGGGGCACUAAUUGAAGGAUCCCUGCAAGUCACAUACUGACUUCAUUUUAAAACGUAAUGUGAUACACACAUGUAUGUAUGUGGUGUAUGUAUUUAUAACUGCAAGUAUAUACCUGCAAAUACCUGUUUGUAUAUUUAUAUGUGUACAUAUAUACAUAUAUAUAAAACGUGCCUGAAUAUUUUAUGUAACAUAUUAUUGUAUUUUUAUUUAUUUUGUUAACUAUUUCCCAGUUACAUUUUAAUCUGAGAACUCAAGAAUGUUGUGGGAGUUCUUGACACCAUAUGAUUGAUACUGGCCAAGGGCAUUGAGAGUUUAGAUGAAAUACCCAAGAUCACCAAACCAAUAUAUAAAAGGGUCACGUCUUCUGGCUUCAAGGGCAAAUUUUUAUCCACUAUACCAUAUUGGUUUUGGUAGUAUAAUGCAGAUAAAGCACUUUCAAAUCCUUAGUACCAUAUAAAUGUGAGUUGUUUGUUAUAGCUCUGUCCAAAUGCAUGCCUAUAUAUUUGUAUACAUGGAUGUAUGUACUGAGCCAUAGAAAGAGAUCACAGAAUUAGUGAAUUUUAGAUCUUUAACAACCUAAGAGAGCUAUCUAUGAUAGGAUGGGUUUGAAAUAUGGGAGUUUUUUUUUUUUUUUUUUAAGUACUUUUGGUAGGUCUUUGGGGUCUAUGGGAGCAGCCUUCAUUUCGGUUCAGUAAUCACCACAAGAGUAGCCAGGUGUUAAAGUCCAAAUCCUUUAUUAUCUCCUUCACUUGGGGCUCAGCUAAAUUUUCUUAGAGUCCUUUCGGAGUCUUGAUUUCAGUGGAGAAGUGCAGGUGGAGAGCCUGCCACCAAUGACCUGAUUGAAGAUCGAAUGAAUAUCUGUCCUUGAUUCUGAGAGCUUGAGCUCCUGCUUGUCUUCUCUGCCCUCUGAAGGUUGUGUGAAAACAUUUUCUCUACAUCUAGCCAUAGUCAUUCAUCAUUCCUUUCAUCCUAGUUUUUAAUUAUUGAAUGACAACUCAAUGCUUAUAAUACAUAUGACAGAGAGAGAGAAAUCCCCUAAAUGUAUUUGUGAUCACAGAGCAGUUACUGGAUGAAGAAUAGGAAAAAAGGAAAAUCAAAAUGUGAAAAAAGUUGAUUGUAUGCAAUGCAGGUGCUAAAAAUUGGGCAGAGUAUAACAAGAGCAGGUCCUCUUUGGCAUUCAUCUUAUAUUGAGUUAUAACUCAACAUAUAGUUGAGUCAACUAGGGUCAAGUGGUCCCAUGUAGCUUUCCAGAAAGACUAUAGGCCAUGGGAAUCAAUGCUGAUGGCCAGAGUAAUGUAAGCAUGUUCUAAAAUGUAAUGGCCAAACCAUGGCAGAUGUAAAUAUAGAGUAGUAUAAUUCUACAUGGGAACAGAGAGAGGUCAGAAAAAUACCAAGCAAACUCAAAGUUUGAUUAUGAGUGACUGGUAGCAAGUGAAAAUUGCAAGAUUGGAGAAGGUUGGAAAUCUGGAAUGUGCUGUCAUGGGAGAAAGGAACUGUCAUACCAAUAUUAUUCUAGCCCGGGGUUUUUAACCUUUUUUAUGUUAUGGAUCUCCUUGGCAAUCUGGUGAAUCAUUGAAGCCCUUCUCAGAAUAUUUUUAUUACCUACAUUCAUAAUUGAAAGAAAUAUUAAAUUUGUUCCCAUCCAAGUUCACAGAUCUCCUGAAAUCUAUCCACAGACCCCUUAAGAAUCAGUAGAUUAACAACCCCAAUCUAGUCAAACUCUUCAUUUUCCAGUUGAAGAAACUGAAGUGAAAAAAAAAAAAAAGUUUCUCUUCCUUUACCAUGUAACAUUUUGUAAAGAUUUGUUUCUGACUCUCUGAUUUUUUCCAUGUGGUCUAUGCUUGGUUCCUCAGUAUUGUCUAGUUCUGCCUCUAAGCCUAACAACAUAAAUAGUUUAUGUAUAUAAAUCACUAAGUCAUAUAUACUUUCUUCCCCCACCCAAAGGUCAGAGUUUAGUUUCCUCUUAGUACGUUACCUGCUUUCUCGUUGCAAUACUGAUACAAAAACAGAACUGCUUAAAAUUCCCGCAAGGUUCUUGAGUAUUUUUUCUUCCUGUGUUGCAAUUUAGCCACUCAGUUUCAUAGAAAGUUGCUGGGAUAUAUAUGUAUAUAUAUAUAUAUCUAUCUAUACACACUCAAUAUGGGAUCAACAACUGAAAUAAAAGCUGCUCCUGAAGCUUUAGGACCUUCAGAACCAACAGAGUCAGCAAGAUGUGUCAUCAACAACUGGUCAUCUCCUUAUUUUCUUUGCUUUUUUUGGCAACUCCUCUCAUGGCCAUAUGGGAACUGGAAAAAAAUGUUUACGUAGUAGAGGUAGAAUGGCAUCCUGAUGCUCCAGCUGAAACAGUAGUGCUCACCUGUGAUUCAUCUGAAGAGGAAAACACCAUUACCUGGACCUCAAACAAGAAUGGUCAAAUCUUAGGAACAGGCAAGACCUUGACUGUCCAAGUGAAGGAGUUUACAGAUGCUGGCACCUACAUUUGUCAGAAAGAAGGAGAAGUGUUGGGUCACAAGUUAUUGUUAAUUCGAGUAAUGGAAGAUGGGAUUUGGUCCACAGAUAUUGUAAAAGACCAGAAAGAACCCAAAACCAAGACCUAUUUGAAGUGUGAAGCCAAGAAUUAUUCUGGGAAUUUCACCUGUUCCUGGCUUACAGAAAGCAGUUCUGAUUUGAAAUUCUCCAUUAGAAGCAGCAAAGGCUCUUCAGAUCCCCGAGGUGUAACAUGUGGACCUGCUGUGCUCUCUAAGGAAAAAGUCAAAAUAAACAACAAGGAAUACCAAAAAUAUACAGCAGACUGCCAAGAGGUCAGCGCCUGCCCAUCUGCUGAAGAAAACCAGCCAAUUGAAGUUGUCCUAGAUGCUAUUCAGAAACACAAAUAUGAAAAGUAUACCAACAGUUUCUUCAUAAGAGAUAUCAUCAAACCAGACCCACCCAGGAACCUUCGUGUCAAACCCUUAAAGAACUCUAGGACUGUGGAAUUAAGUUGGGAGUAUCCUGAGACCUGGAGUACACCACAUUCCUAUUUCCCAUUGAAUUUCAGCGUUCAAGUUCAGCGUUCAAGAGACAAGAAAGAAAAGAAUAGCUUCACCACAGAAACAACCUCUGUUCAAGUUGAAUGCCACAAGGGGAAGAAGAUUUUGGUGAAGGCCCAGGAUCGCUACUAUAAUUCCUUCUGGAGCACAUGGGCAUCUGUGUCCUGUUAAACUCCCAUGACACCUCAAUGAAUGAAGGGAAGAGAUGAAACAAACAUGGGAGGGAGGAGAAUCAAGUGAAAUGAAAUGUCAAUGUUGUUUGUUUUACUUUUAUUUUAUGAGUUAUGAUUUAGAUUUAUUUUAUAUUUCAAUUCCCAGAUACCCAAUGAACCAAACAAGCAGUUAAUAUGAGAUAUCUUUUAUUUAUUUAUUUAUUUGUUUGUUUGUUUAUUUAUUCGAGAUUGGGUCUCUCCAUCUUUCCCAAGUCUGGAAAGGCAGUAGCUACUCAUGAGUCUGAAUCAACUACUGAUGAGCUCAAAAACUUUGACCUUUUUUGUUACUCAACUGAGUUGAUUUGCCCUUUUUUUGGCAGACUAUCCAGCAACAUAUGUUGCUGGAUAUGUGACCCUUGAUAUCUUUUAUAGUUUAUCUAUUUUGUACUAACCUUUCUAUUUAAAAUAAUUUUACAUAUUUAAUAAUUUAUUAGUCUUACUUAACUUUAAAUGUGUAAAUGUUUGUACUUCUAAUCUGCAUCAGUGAAAGGAUUAUCUACACUGAUGAAACCAUACCCAACAAAUAUUUAAUAUUUGUGUAAUGCCUGAAUAUUUUGUGUAUUUUUCAUAUCUUAUGUGACAUUCACUGAGAAUAUAUCCUUUCCUGCAAAAUGUGAGUUGGAGUGCUAUAUAUGACUGAUUUUGUUUGUACUGAAACUUUUUAAAGUGCAUCAGUUUUAUGAUAUUUAGUAAGAACAUAAUGUUCUGGACUUUGCCACCAGAAAAAAAGGCAAAUGGAGUAAUACAUCUGUGAGAGAUGGAAAAAUUUAAAUAUUUGUAAGUAGAUAGAAGGAUAACAUAUCUAAUGAGACGAGGAUCUGUUUUCUUCACUCAACCCAGUUUCCUAAUAUGAGACUUUUUUAUACAUGCUUUUUCAAAUAAGACUGACACUGAAAUUCUAUAUGGCCUGACAUGUCCAAGUUCAAUGUUUCAGUACCCAAAUGAAUAUUUAUUUGGAAGUGAAGCUACCAGAGCAGAAAUUAAACUUCUAGCUUUCCAUGAAGUUCCACUUCCCACCCAGUAGUAAAGAACUAAAUGUGGGUAGGAUAUAAGAUUGCAGAAAUCUUAAAGUAAAUGUUCUUCACUUGCCUAUAAAAGAUAUUUUGAAUAAAAUGGGAGGAGAGAUGCUGUGAUUAUUAGUGGGAUUUUUGCUAACAUCAAUUAUUACUAGACCCUAAAUUUAUCCAUUCAGACAUGAUCCAGUCUGCUAAAACAAGGAAAUGAGAACUGGCUUUCCAAUUGGGCCAAAGAAAAAGAAAAUAAAUAUGUUUAUAUUAUUCUUAAGCUCACCUUUAGAAAAAUGCAAAAGAAAUUCUGCACCAUUUAAACAAAAGCCAGAACUAUUGUAUAUAUACAAAAAUAUAGAAAAAGAAUGAUGGUAAACUGAAAUAGAGAAAAGAAAAAAUAAACUGAGAACCAAGCAUCUAUCUUCCCAUAUGAAACUUGUGAGGAUACUAGACUUUAUUCCUUAUGUGAAAAUGCACAAAUAAAACUGUGAAAAUUUUUUCUUUUGUUCUUCAGGGAAUAGCCUAAUGUCACCAAUGUAUUUUAUAUUUAGAUAUGGAUUUUAUUUGUCAAUGUGCUGCUUUUAAGUGAAAUCAACAUGCUUUUAAAUAUGAAACAAUUAAAUUUAUUUAUUUAUUAAUAUUUUUGUUAUAAGCUUGAACUAAUAAAAAGAAUUCCUUUGCAACAUAUUUUGGGCUGAGAAUUGGUUUUGUUUUAUGUGUCUGUGUGUGUGUCUUCAGAAAUUUUCAUUUCAGGAAGUACAUUUGUUUGCAGCUUAAGAAAAUUACCUUUAUUCCCUUUAGUCUAGAUCCAUGAGCUCCUGAGCUGUCCCCAUAACGUAAUAUGAGUUUAAAAAAAGUAAUUGUUAGUAAGGCUGCUGGAUUUAUUAUGUUUUAUUUCUAUGAUUCAGAUGCCCAUCCUUGUUCACUUUUCACUUUGGAAACCAUUCUAUUUUUUCUAUCAUAAAA